AUGUCCGGAGAAGACAUCAAUCCCGUGCCUAAGAAGAGAGCAAAUAUGGCAUUACCUGGAGCUUCAUGUUGCAGCUCAUUUUCUUACUCGAGAUCGGCUGCAAUCAGAUACAUGAGUGCCAUGUACACCAAAAUUCCAGCAGAUAUUGAAUCGAAAAUACCUUCAAUGACCAAAGCUCUAGAACUCUUAGACGGUGGAGAAUCGAAUUCAUUGAAAUUAGAUCUGAAGAAGGAAAAAUGGGAUCUCAUAAGAGAUUGUGGUGGACACAAUGGAAAGGGUGAAAGUGGAAAAGCUGAAGACGAAAAAGAUCGGGAUCUGAGUCAAAUGUGGUGGCAUUCGUGA